CACCUGCUGUCAGAGAGCGCUUCCAAAGAUGGCGACGACAGGGACGAUGCACCUUCAGCGCAUCUCUACGUCUUUGGCCGUUUUGCUCGCUUUAUUCAGCUUAUUAAACUCGGCAAAAUGCGACGAGCAGGUGCCGCUUAUUCUGUGGACGAGCGAAGGGGUCUCCACAUCGACUCAGGCUCCUCCUGCAGCCGGUCACAUCGUGGAGCAGCAGCAGCUCUCCUCUUACCUGGAAAAAGCUCUGAAUGAAGGCGCUAAAAACGUGGUGCUGUUCCUUCAGGACAAGAUGAGCAUAGAGGACUUCACCAUGUACGGAGGAGCUUUUGGAAACAAGCAGGACAGUGUUUACCCUAACCUCGAGGUGGCUCUCAUGUCCUCGUCCUCCCGUCUGGUCUUACCUGCUGUGUCCUGGCCGGCCUCCAACGCAGUGAUUGGUCAGCUGCAGGACCAAUUAGAAACGUCCCCUCUGUACAUGGACCCCGAGACCCUGAGUCAGCUGAGACUGAACGCCUCCUCUUCCGCCCUGCUGGUGUUCAGGCUGCCGUACGGCAUCGGGGCCGAUCUGAUGUCUGCAAAAGAGAUUCUCAGUGGAAACGAUGAGGUGAUUGGUCAAGUGAUGAGUAUCAUGAAGAGCCAGUCUGUCCCGUACACGGCCAUUUACACGGCCCUGCGUCCCUCCAGGGAGGCGGCGUCCCUCUCUAUGGAAGCAGGUCAGGGCGGAGGCCGCUCUCUGCUGCAGUACAGAGGAGGAUACAGGGACAGGGAGAGGGAGAGGGAGAGGCAGCGCAAGGUCAAGGAGAGACCCGGGGUCUACGGACCCGUGGAAUUUAAGGAGGGAGAUGAAACCUGCAUCCUCCUGUGGGCCAAAAGCCUGUCCGUGAAGAUCCUUCGGAGCGGUACGUGGGAGGAUCAUGAUCUGACCCCGUCGACCUUCGGGGAGGGUGUCAGCCCGAAACUCCACGGCUCGAGCUGCGACAAAACCAAAGCCAGGUUGGUUCUGAACUACGAGAACGUCCUCGGCCACCGCAGCUUCAAACUGAUGUUUGCUAUGAGUCAGCGUCACUACAAAGUGUCUGCACGCCGCUGGUUCACGCUGGACGCCGUGGAGCUCGAGUACGACGGGACCAAAGCCACAUUUAACGGCAGCAGACACAUCUACGCUCCUGCUGAGUACUCGUACCGCUGCGAGUCCGUCACCAACUUCCGCUGGCCCCUUCUGACCCCGCGCACAUCCAAAGAUCCAUCCAACCAGUGGAGGGUCUCUUUUGAGGACUUUCAGAUCCAGGGCUUUAACGUGAGCAGCAGUGAGUUCUCGUAUGCCAGCGACUGUGCGGGCUUCUUCUCUCCCGGUAUCUGGAUGGGUCUGAUAACCAGUCUCCUCAUGGUCCUGGUCCUCACCUACGGCCUGCACAUGAUCAUGCAGCUCCGCACCAUGGACCGCUUCGACGACCCCAAGGGCCCCGCCAUCUCUGUGCCCCAGACAGAGUAGUAACACACACACAUGCACACACACACACACACGUACACCAAAACCCUGUUUCCACCAAGCGGUCCAGUUUGGUUCAGUACAGUUUGGUACGGUUACCCCUGAUCUUGUGUUUCCACAGCCAUCAUAUCCUAAGUUGGUAGGUGGGGUGGUGAGCCUGAUAGGGUCGGAUGGUUUCUCUUAAAACCCCAACAGAAGGGAAGCAAAAAAUUAGGACGGUACAGAUCGGUUAUUUUGGUACCAUUCCCAACUUGUGAUCCUGGAAACACCAAUAAAUGUGUACUGUACCAAACCGGUCCGAACUGGACCGCUUGGACAUGGGGCUUUGGUUACAUCAUCUUCACUCCUUUCCUCCUCUCUCUCCCUCAAACGCUCCUCUUCCUGCUGAAUGCCUCCCUCCCUUUACAUUCCUCCUCCUGUUCAUCUGUAGUUGGGCAUUUUGCAGAAUAAUUAGUGAUGUGUGCAGAAAAAGGGUUUAGUCAUCACUGCGUAUGUGUCGGUUCAGAUAUGUGGAUCCUGGGACUGAAGAAACAAGUUUGUGUCUCUCGUGUUGAAGCAUUACAUUUCGUUUAACGAUCAAAGCCGUCAUCAAAGUCUCCCACCAUCUCAAACAUGUCGUCGUGUUGGUCAAGAUGUUGGACAGAAGUGCAAAUCCAGGAAGACGUUGGGCAAUACUUCAACAACAAUAAAAAACAAUAUAUUUGAUUACUCAUCAGUUAUCUUGAAAGUGUAGCAUGAUACUGAUUCUAGCUAACAGUGCAGUAAGGUUGAUGCUAAGGCUAGGUUAGCUGUUGUCUGACUAGAGCGUUCCAUCAAUUCCCAGCCAACUUAGGUCGUCAAAAUGUUCAAUAGUACUUUUUGAUUCAACAUGUUUUUAAAUGAUACAAUCUCUGUUAUUUUAGUAAAUAAUAGUAUAAAACACCUCAAACCAUAUCUGUUAUUUUAAGAACAAAGAUGUUGACGGUGUUUUUGUGUAUAAUUUCGACUAGAGCCCAACCGCUUAAUCCGCCAAUAUUAUCGUAUCAAGCAACUAUCGGUAUCGGCCCCAAAAAUCUCAUACCUCUGUCAUACCUACUUUUGACAGAGUGCCGGAGUUAGCCUGCAUUUUUGAAAACAUGAAAUAAUCCAAUAUUGUCUGCUUAAGACUUCCUUUUGUUGCCGUGGUAUUGAAACAGGUUUCGAUAUCUGUUGUUUUAUAUUAGAAUCAUAUCAAACGUGGUGUUUAAAAUGCAGGUGUCGUGACAACCCUAGAGCCAACACUUGGGUUUGAUAGCGUAACAAAUUCAAAGCUUGUUGUGACGAGAAUUGGCUGAAUGUUCAUGCUAGUCCACUUUCCCAAACGGGAUCUAAGACGGUUCUUAAGUUGAACCACCUCUGAGCCAGCACUAGCAUCAGGUUCACUUUGGUGGAAAAGGAGGUAAUAGUGAAAGCAAAAAUAAGAAAUUAAGGGACAAAACAUAAUAAAUAUGAACCCAACAACGACCUUGAACUAAGUCUUCUCCAGAGGUCGCACACCAACACACGUGACCCAGCGUUACUCCGAUUCUCAGGUUCUCGAUCAUUCGAGGAAAUAGACAUUUCUGGCCACAUGGAUGAAAUGUAUCUCUUAUUCUAAUCCAUAUGGUUAAAGGAGAUUUUUGUGGAUAUGGGGUAAAUCUUUCAGAACAUGUAGCGCUGAUCCACCAGAGGCGCAGACUUGGGGUUAAGUUGUCAGGCUGAUGUGGAUAAAUGUCGUCCGUGAAAGGGUUACGAUUGUACAUAACUAAAGUUACUCAUAUUGAAAUGCUAUUUAUUGAUGGAACUACUUUUUGUGUGUUUACAUUUGUGUUUGUGAGUUAAAGUGAAACGAUGUAGCUGUUGAAUGAAGGAUGUUCGAUGAGUCAUAUCAUGGCAUAACGUUAACCUCCAGUAUUCGCCAUCGCAGAGCAAAGGGACGUGUGCACAACAGAAAGGGACCACUCAGAUAUAUAGCGUAAAAAAAUUCACACAUUUCCAGCUGUUUGUGAUUUUACCUUCGUGGUCGUUUCACACAAACAUGAGCUUAAAAUGUUUUUUUUAUUUGGAACUACGUUUGUUUUUUCUGUUAAAGUUAUCAUGAAUAGAAGGCCGACUUUUAAAUCUGAUGUGCACUAAAAUACACUCAAUGUGAAAUUAUUUAUUUUUGUUUAUUUUAUGUUGUUGUUUGUAGUGGAUAUGAAUUGUGAGGUCCUGAUUAUGGUCCUGUGUCGUGCUGCUGCUGCUGUGACCCCAAUAAAACAUCUGUGAGAAAGUU